CUGGUGAGCGCGUAAGACGUAGAGCCGCAAGCUAGCGCGAGGACUCGCUCUUUGAAAAGGAGGGAGUAGUGUAACGACCCUGGAAAUCGAGUCUGCGGCACGAGCAUGCUUUUACGGCACAGUCGAUAGCGCGCCGGACCUCGGGCUCGAGGGUUCGAGACCUGCUCCCUGUUGUUUCAUUACGAUACAUAGCCUAGGUAAUUGUCUGAGAUAGCUAGGUAACAAUAUUUUACUAAUUAGCUACUACUUUACCCAAACAGGAAAUGGCUUCAAUAAUCUUCGCAGAGAGAGAAAAUGCCACCCUCCAUACACCUGUGCUAAAGACGCGCCAGCGGUUGAUAUCUGCUCCAGAGACAAGUAUUGAAGGUCCAAUGCGCAAUGGAGACAAGCAUUUCCUUGUUUAAUGCUAUCCAAAAUACUUAUCUAAAUUGAGGAAACGAGAAAAGGCAACUAAGUCAGGCAACAUGUAUGACGGCACCAGCAUCAGAGAGCCGACAGACAACUCGGUGACACAUUUCCAACCCCUGCAAGACGGAGGCGCAUUGGAGUCUGGAUCUGAACAAACUAAUAAUGGGCAAGACUCCCAUGUCAAGCAAUCUGGACAGGCCAACGUCUUGGACCGCUUGUCUAGAGCUGGUGUGCGGGCAUUCCCUGCCAGUGUCACUACUUAUGCUUCGGCACGCAGAUCAAGACUGCAGAGACAGCCAGAGGUGUGUGACACCAACAGUAGCUCAUCCGAGAGAGGCUCGCUCACACCCGCCAUGCGUAAAAUAUACUUGAAGGACUUAUUUUUGAACUCGUCCGGUGGAUUUGCAAGUGUUCGAUCUUCGAAAGGUUCCGGUGCGUCUUCAAGGGAGAUUGGUGAAGAGGUGGUGGAAGGUUGGGCUCUGUGCCCCAUGGAGCAUGCAUGGAUGUUGUCUGUUGUAGAUGGAAACUAUGAAACCAUCAUGGACUUUCUUUCCGAAGAUUCUAGUCUACUAACCAGGAAAGAUUUUGUCAGUGGGUUUACAGUGCUACACUGGUUAGCCAAAAGUGGCCAGGAUGAGACACUAAUACAAUUGCUAAGGCAUGCUGAAAAGGAGGGGAUUCCAGUCAACGUGAAUUUGAAGGGCAGUGGGGGGCUCACCCCGCUCCACGUAGCAGCUAUGCACAGUCGAUACAUGGUAAUUAAAAUUCUAGUCGGUGCGUUCGGUGCCAAUAUCGAUGCCAUGGAUUACAAUGGAAGGAAAGCUUGGCAAUAUCUGAAGGGCAACGCUCCUGAGGAGAUGAAGGAGCUUCUUGGCACUUGGGAUGAUGAGCACCGUAGCGUGGGUCAGCAGAACACUAACAACAGUGCCACACUAGUGCCCAAGUCAGAAUUGAGUGAUGAGGAGAGAGACGAUCCAGUCUACUUUGAUCGGACUCGAAGGAAUGGCAGCUGGCGCGGCUCAUUUAAAAAGUUGUUGGCUCCAUUCUUGUCAUUUGUGAACAAAAAUUAAAGGUCAGAUGGCCACAUGUUUUCCCACGCGAAAUCAAGCGUUUUCAUCACGACUCAUUGAGCACCGUUUGUAAAGACUUUUACGCACCCCAAGCCAUGGGGAAAAAAAGAUUAUGGGUUGCAGUGGAAGUUUUACGUUCAUCUUCAGAGUGUUCUGUAUUCAACAAUAUUGACAUUAAAUACUUCUAUUUGAAGCCA